UGGGCGGCGUUAGACGGGAGUCCAAUAAGUAACGAGGCGACGCAUGACCAACACCUCGUGGGACAUGCAAUAGGUAGCUAUCAACUGACAACUCAUAGCGACUGCUGGUAAAGUCCGCUGAUAAUCCACAACGAUAAGGGUAUUUCAACAGCUCGCUACCUAGGUAUUGAAAAAGGAUAGACACAUAAAAUAAGUCAUAAUACCAAUUACAUUAGAAGAAUAAAAUGAGACAUGCUGAAGCUGCGGCAUUGAAAACUUCAUUCGUGAUACAUCUCCAUAUUCCAGAAGAGGUAAUCGAUGAUCGAUGAUCGGUAAUCGGUAAUCGGGACUUAUUAUUUUUAGGGUAGGAAUUUAAUGUGAAGCAAAAGGAACAUUUCAAAAAGGAUGAAGGUGCUAGAAACUCUUAGCCUUCCAGCCACAAGUGUCUUCCGGAGCUCAAGCCACCUGUGGCACCAAGCUAAGAGGAAACAACCCACACCCACGUCCCCAUCUCCCCAAAGUGGGUCUAGUCGGUUCUCGUCGUUCGUCAGCCUCUCAGCCUGCUUGCCUUGCAUCACCAAACCACCAAAUCCAGAUCCAAGAAAUUCAACAAAUUUAACAUCAUCGUCAUCGUCAUCCCCAACCCCCUCCGAGCACGACCAGCCGUUGCCAUUUCCCGUCCGAGUAGUCGAGAACCUUCCCUCUAGGAGAUCUUCAGGACGCACAAUUCGGAAACCCGAGCUCGUCAAAGCUCCCACACCGAAAUCCCGUCCGCCGUCACCCACGCAGCCAAAACAGCCCAAGCUCGACGACGCCGGCGAGCCCACACUCAUCAUCACCAUAUCCCCAUCCUCGCCCUCCACCCUACCAUCCCUCCCCUCCACACCAUCCUCAACGCCCCCGAGCCCAACCACGAUGGCCGACCGCACGCUCCAGCAGAUCCUGACGCAGCUGCGCUCGAACCCGGGCCUCAGCUACGGCGAGGCCAGCACGCUGCUCUCUAAAGCCAAGAUCCUUCUCCUGACCCUCAAAGCGGCCACGCCGGGCCCGUCACCGGCGUCGCCGGCCUACCUCGCGCUCGCGCGGGACGUGUACGAGCAGGGCGCGCUCUUCAGCAUCCGCGCGCGCAACCCGGACGCCUUCACGCGAUACGUGUCGCAGCUGCAGCCCUUCUACGAGCUGUCCGCCUCCGUGCUGGCCCCCACGCCCGCCAGCGACGCCGAGCGCAACAAGGUCACCGGCCUCUACCUCCUCCUCCUGCUGACCCAGGGCCGCUACUCCGAGUUCCACUCCGAGCUCGAGACGCUGAGCACGCGCGCCAAGGAGGGCGGCGGCGCCGGCGAGAUCGAGGGCGACCGCUUCCUCGGCUACCCGAUCAAGCUGGAGCGGUGGUUGAUGGAGGGGAGCUAUGACCGCGUGUGGAAGGCGAUGAAGAACCGUGAGGUGCCGAGUGAGGAGUAUGGCGUCUUCUCUGAGAUCCUAACAUCCCAAAUCCGCUCCGAAAUCGCCUCCAGCAGCGAGCGUGCCUACCCGUCCCUCCCUCUAAGCAGCACCAAAUCCCUCCUGUUCCUCGACUCCGAGGGCGCCGUUAUCGACUUUGCCCGCCACCGUGGCUGGGACGUCCGUGACGGCCACAUCUACUUCCCCUCAUUAACUGCUGGUGCCGAAGGAGAGGCUGCUGAGGAAGCGGCUGAAGAGAAGGAGUUCAGUCGUAUGGUAAUCGAGAACGCGCUAGGAUAUGCUCGCGAGCUGGAAACUAUUGUCUAAAUUAGUUUGAUUCGACGAACGGUGACUAGAUCUCAAAAUCAACUCUCAAGUUGGGACUGAAGUGAGCAGGACUAGGCUGGCCCGGGGCGGUGAAAACUCAAGGAUGCAUGGCAAUGUGACAGCUUGACAAGGCUACGUGGCGGAGGGAGUUCCGAAUAGACUUAAUAAUACCACAAGACAUGAGAGAUGGGCCAGGCCAGGCCGAAUGGACUGUGGAUGGGAACACGGCCAGAAAGCUCCAUGAGCCUGUGUGUACGAAUAAACGCAAAUCAACCAAUAGACAUUCUUAACGCAUUGGCGUGAAG